AUGGACAUUGCUGCCAUGGAGGGCGUGGUGAGCGCCUUUCUAUCCUAUUCCACAAACCCCCUUACCGUAUCUGAAGCUGCGCUGGAUCAUGAUUACACUCUGCUUUCGAUGAGGAGAUGUGGUGAUAGCUCUCGGGACUUGUGGAAUGGACUGGUAGCCACAACCAAGAAGAUCGAGGAAACCCGCCGCACCCUCGAGCAGACGCAGAAACAUUACGAUUAUCUAUUGUCGAGAUACUCGGCGCAGUCAAAGUCGAAAGAGCCGUCGUCUCUCAGGGAGGAUGCGUUCCAGCUCCACGAAGCGCGCAAAGCAUACCUCAAGGCGUCUAUGGACUUUUCGGUACAGGCACCCCAGCUACGAAACGGUCUGGAUCGGCUGUUAGUCCGCGUUUCCUUCGACCAAUGGCGCGAGUUCAAGUUGUUUCACACGAACAAUAGCUCAACCUUCGUCAAAUGGGGCCAGGAGAUGGAUCGCAUUAAAGGCUGGAUACAUGAGAUGGAAGGUAGUGAAAAGUCAUCGAAGCGAGAACUAUUGGCUGCGAGAAAAGAAAUCGAGGAGGCUGCAGAGGUUACCGCUAGACCUUCUCGUGAGCUAGACGACUACUCCAUAUCCACCGUCCCCUAUCUUGGUUCACGUCCACUGUCGUCUCUCAACAUGACAGGAGAGGCCAAGCCGGAGAAGCAAGGAUGGGUGUAUCUGCGCACGCUCUCGGGCAAGCCUACGCGCACAAACUGGGUCAGGCGCUGGGCUUUCUUGAAGAACGGAAUCUUUGGUUGCCUAGUGCAAGGCUCUCGAACGGGUGGCGUGGAGGAGAGCGAGAGAAUCGGCGUCUUGCUCUGUAGUAUCCGUCCUGCCUUCCAAGAAGAACGACGGUUCUGCUUCGAGGUGAAAACAAAAAGCAACAGCAUCAUGCUCCAGGCAGAAACCCAGAAGGAGCUCAUGGAGUGGAUUGCCGCAUUCGAGGCUGCCAAGCGGAAAGCACUGGAGAACCCGGCCAGCACUGAUUUAUCCGUCUCUGGGAAGGUUACCAUCCAGGACCCUGCCUUUGCCAUAUCCCAGCCACCGGCUCCUGAAUUUGCGGCCGAUCCAGCGGACUCCCUGACUCCCCAUUCUAGUGAAGAACAUGGCUCUGACCGCUCUGGAUUGCUCCCUGUCCCAGACCGCGAUCCCAACGGGACUCGGUCGAGCAAUGACUUUAGUGCUUACCGGCGACUGACUUCGAUGGACGGAGAUACUUCCGCUCGUGAACAUACAAACCGCAUCAUCCAGAAGUUGGAUCUUCAUCGCAAGUCGGGUCACACUGUCCAACCAUCCAACUCCAUCCCGGGAGCUGGAGGUGGAAUUGCCAGCUUGAUUUCUGCAAGCCACAACGCCCUAGUCUCUGGCACUCCCUUGCCUCCGAGCUUACCUGACAACGAAGCAAAUCGUGGUCGUAUCCUGACAAAUCGGUCCGAGUUUCCUCCUACAACUCUGGCGCCCCAGACUCUUGCGAAUCCUCCAGCACCUACAAGCAUGAGUAAAGCCGCCGUGAUGGUGAGCAAUGAAAGGGGCAUUGGACUUGGGCAAGCGGAUAAAACAGGCGGAAUGCCUAGCGGGAUGAUGGCCAACUUAUGGGGAAGUUCGAACUGGGGUUUCGUGAACAGACUCGAGCGCGAACGUCUGGGAUUGUCCGAGGUGAGUGGUGGCAGUGCUGCCCAGAAUAGGCCAUCCUCGCCAAUGAGCGAUUCUUCGAAGCAAGUUCUUCCAGCAGAAGCGGAAUCCGCUGGAGGAUCCACCGCACGGAAACAGUCAAUCUCCGGCCCACGCCAUAGGCAAACGGUUAGUCUUGAUGGAGACGCCUCCAAGGUACAGCGUGCGAUCUUGGGUGUUUCACACGAAUAUCCAAGCUACUAUCCCCAGCAGCUCAGAAUCCAGGAUGCUCAGUUCCGGCUCCUCUUCCCCAACGUCAAGAGGGAGGAACCUCUGGUUAUGGUGUUCCGGGCCACCUGGAACCCCAAUGACCAGCAAGAAUUCCCUGGCAGAGCCUAUGUCACUACUCGGGACAUUUACUUUUACAGUCACUACUUUGGACUGGUGUUGACAACCAGUGUGUCCCUGGAAAGCAUUAAAGAGGUCACUGCUGCCUCAGGGAGAGAUUGUGACUUCUUGUUCCUUCAUACUAUUCCCCUACCUGGCGACGACACGCCCGGUCGUGUCACUAUCAAGACUUUCCUGGAACCUUUGAAGCUUCUUCAGAGGCGACUGAACUUCUUGAUCCAUGACUCGACGGCGGUUGAGCCUAUGGGACUGGAGCAGAUUUUCAAGACGCUCACCAAGAUGGAAUCCGAUGUGGCACGGACUCCCAGCGUAGACAGCUGGGAGGACGUAGGUGCUUUGGGCGAAAAGGAUGAAGACGAUGGUGUUGACCAACGCCUUAGAAAAGACCUUCGAGCUCCAAUCUAUAUUGAUAAGGACCUAGACACAAGCUCGAAGAGAGCUUUGGACGGCAAGGAUAUCCCGAAGUUCCGAUUGCCAACACAGGCAGUGCAGUACGUUCCGCAGGGAAAUCUACAUCUAGCGGCAGAGAAGGUCUUUGAUGUUAGCCCGAAGGCGAUCUUCCAUAUUCUCUUCGGCGAUAAGAGUGCUGUCUGGCAACUUCUACUCUAUCAGAGGAAGGCCAAAGAUAUCAAACAAGGGCCGUGGACCAGGAACGAAACUCGUCAUCUGAGACGCGAUUUCCAAUACCAGAUUGAGACAACUGAUAUGUUCGGACGUACUGAAGGAAAGGCAAUAUCGGACUACCAGAUGAUCGACGUCCUCAAUGAUCAUCUCUGUUAUGUCAUAACCGACAAGCGCACGCCGUGGCAUCUUCCCUUCAAACGUUCAUUCAGGUUGGUCAGUAAGAUUGUGAUCACCUUUGUUGCCAAAGGAAGGAGCAAGCUUGCGGUGUAUACGAAGGUCGAGUGGUUGUCAACUCCCUAUGGUCUUCAGGCGGUAAUCAAUAAGCAAGCGAUGGGAGACCUGGAGCAAGAUGCCUUGGACUUGGUCGAUCUUGUGGGCGACCAGGUGCGUAGGCUGGGAGCUCAUAGUCGAACCAAGAAGGCGAUCACGAUAUUCGGCCAUGUUGGACGGCAGACCUUCGUGUCCCAGUUUCCUGGGGAGGUGGACGUCCGACUUGAACCUCGCAAGCCUCGACAGCAGAGAACGCUAGUCCAACUACUCUACGAGACCUUUGUCAGCUUCGCCGAGAGCGCCAUCUCGUCCGUGAUGCUAUGGACAUUUGCUCUGCUCCGUUGGGUCUGGAAGACUACGAAUGCGAACAAAAUGAUCCUUUUGUUGCUGGUUUCGAGCAUGUUUAUCAAUGGCUUCUAUACAUCACGAGAUGCCUCUGAGUGGUGGCACGAAAGGUCGGCUGAAAGCUUCAUGGCUCGGCUCGGGGUCCACCCUGACCACGUCAUGAGUAAAGCUAUAUACAUGAGAGAUAUCGACGAAGCAGUCGCCAACACAACCAUCGCAGACCUCAAUGGCACUGUGAGCGACUGUUUUGCCACAUUCCAGCAACAGACAAUACGCAACAAUGGGGCCAGUGCCUCUCUGGAUGUCUCGGGCCCGAGGGACUCGGUGACGAAGAGCGCGGCCCGACGACUUCAGCAUACGCGUGAACGCCUGGCCACGUAUCGGCACAAUCUUCUGGUGGCUCUGCGUGUUGUGAACAGCAUCGAGAAAGAGCUUAUCCAGAACGAGUGGGAGCGCUGGCUCCGACAGGAGCUGAAGCGCUGUCGCCAAGUCGAGGUUCUUCUUGGAAAGGGCGAAGGCGAAGAUUUUGAUAUGCAGAUGAAUCGCUUGGGCCAGACUGUUUUUGCCGAUCUCUCCGACGACGUCCGGCAGUGGUACGAGCAGUACUGUACCAGCUGUCACAAGGAACAGGAGCAGAUCGAGAGAAAUGGGCGUAUAGACGGGGCCUCAUAA